AGUAUGAUGAAUGAAAUGUAGUUUGGAAAUUACUGGCGGCAGCAACUGCCUAUUUUUAUUUGAUGCAAGCAUUUCAAAAUGUGCAAGGGGCGCAAUCAGGAAGGAGGUUAUUUUCCAAGACUGAUCAGUGGCCCUUAAGAGGUUGAUCAUGUUGUCAAAGUCAAAUAUACUAAACCAGCUACGUGUGUACUAGGUGUAAAAUAUCACCACAACACCAAAUGUGUCAUCCACGGUUGCUGGCACAGUUAACACCCUUGAGUGGAACUUCCGAGCACCAGCACUCUGUACUUUCCAAGUGGGCUGACUUUACUUUCUAGAGCCUCUGAGGCCAUGUAGACCCCCAGUCUGCUUGACCCACGAACCACAGAUGCUUCUAAGAGAUCACCGGCUGAGUCUCUCAAAGUGACGCCACACUCCCACACAUGAGAGAGUGCACUGUAAGAUGUUUGUCAGGAAGGAAGUGAUGCGAGAGCUUUAUGCUACCCUCGCCUGUGGAGGCAGAUUAAAAAGCAGCAGCCCCCGCAUGAGCACAAUGAUCUGUAAUUGCCUGCAUUAUAUCAGUAAUUAAGGGCGUUAGGUGAAGUGAAAAGAUGUAGUCUCAGACUGGCUUCUGUCACAACUAACAUUAGUUGCAGUUUGACUGUCACUGAGGCUUGUGUCAGCCUACAUGCAAAUAUACACACACACACACUCAUUUACCAGCAGAAUGAAUAUGAUUGCUACACGACUUACCGAACAACUCAAAAGUAUUUCCAAAGUCAGUAUGUUAAUUGAGCUACUGGGGGUUUACAAUGCUUCAUCGCUAAAUUUUUCAGAGGGAGGCUGAAGGGUAACUGUGGGAGGUGUUUCUUAACCAAAGGUGUGUUGGCAGAUGAGGUGCAAUCUUUUGACAUCACAGUCUCUUGUAAAAUACGUACAGACUUAAAGGAGGCGGACUUAUGCCUGCUGAGAAUCAUGUAUUAGAAUGUCAAAGGCAACAUCGGCCAAAUGUCACUUAAAUAUCAUAUGAUGACGAUGAUACAUUAUGAACGUGACUCAGCAGACAGAUCAUGUGGAAGUGGCGUAUUUGUUAUGCAUUUAAUUUUCAAGUGUAGUGUGACUGUCACCUACUAUCUCAUCAUUACUCAGUGGAUUUCCCAGUUUUCCAGAAUUCAGAGCACUUACUGUAAGGAAAUAUCAGUUCCCCUUUCAAAGGAAAUGAAUGCCACUUAUCUGAACUGGGAAUGGCCACAUAUUAAACUACUGAACCAAAGCAUCUACACAAAUAAGGAGCAGCGCUUUCAUUUUAGCACAGUAGGGUAGUAUGCACUUUUGAUUUCAGUUUUAUCUUCAUGGCCACAUUGUUGUGGCCAUAAAGAUAAUAAUAAUGUGGUGGUUUCUAUCCGAGGGAAUUAAAAGUAAACAGAAUAAUAAUAACAUCACAUGAUCAGCAGUUGGAGGAAAGUUUUAAACUUUUCAGUGCCUUUUAGCUAAUCUUGUGACUCUUGGCAUGAGUAAAUCACACGUGUUGACUAAGAUGACACAUGAUCAGCAAUCCUAGGCUUCCUAAAUUCCUAAGACAUCUUAACAAUCUCCUGUUGCAUUACAGCUGGAAAAAAAAACCUUUUGAAUCUUCUUUCUUUUAAACUGUAAGAUAAAGAAAAACACAUUUUAUUUCUGUUGUGUGAUUUCUAGUGCUUUGUGUUUAUUGCAUUCCCAGCUGCAAGGACAGGAUAGUUUUCAAACAGCAGGAAAGUCCCUCCUCACAAUCUCAUUAUAUCAAGCUUUUGUUUAUUAAACCAAUUUACCAUAAACUAGUACAAGUACAAACAAGUAUAGAUGUUGCACUCAAAUUUUUAUUAUCUGCGCCAGUAAAUUCCUCAGUUUGACAAGAUGCAAUAAUGAUAAAAGCUCUUUUUGCGGUUGUACAAUAACAAAACUGGUGGCUAGUUUCAUUUUCCGCAUUCCAAAACAAGUUGAGUCAAAUGCUUCAUUAAUAAUCUGUAAAAGUAAUAUGUAUAACUCACUUUUUAAAUGUACUCCAAAACAACAAGUAAACUACUAUAGAGUAAUGCUGCUGCACUGGUAAUGACCUAGUUUUAUUCCUACUUAUGGCACAGCAGUUUCUUUUUUCUUUUUUUCCUUCUUGCAAUCAGCUACUACACAAUUUUAUAUUUUGCAAAUCUCUUGUUGUAAGCUGAUUUUCAAAAGAAAUAAAGAAAUAAAUCCUAUCUCUAUUAAAAAUGACUAGAAUUAAAUGCUAACAUGCUAUAGUUCUUCAUGCAGGCCAUGAGUUCAUUCAAAACACUUUACCCACGUGUGUCACUGUUUCAUACUGAAGACACACCCCCUAACCAAUGAGAAGCCGGCCCAGCUAGCUUUGAGGUGAGUUAUGUGUUGAGUAUUAAGGUCACAGCACAGAGAGAUUUCUUCAUUUAACAUUAGACCUCAGAUCAGUGCUUUAGGUAAAGAAGAACGUUGAGGAUUUAAUAGACUAAAGCUACAGAUUUAGAUAAAUUGCUUUGUGGGAGAAAAAAAAAACACUGAUAUUUCUUGGAUAUUUCUUGGACUGGAUUACCUGAAAUUUAUCUUGAAGUGGCUGUAUCAUCCUUACCUACAAGAGUGGAAAGCUGACAACAGAAUGGCACUGAUCCUGUGGGUGAUGAGUCUCUCUCUGCUUCUCCACGGCUGCCUGUGCAGCAUUGGGCAGACUAAGAUUGGCUGCCUCCGCUAUACACCAAAAGGAGAAAAUGAUGUCUGCUGCCAUGAAUGUCAUCCAGGGAACCGCAUCGUCCACAAAUGUGGUAAAGACCCAAAGGAACUUUGUACACCUUGUGAACCUGGGAAAUUCAUAUUGGAAUUCAAAGACAGGUGUGACAGGUGUACACGGUGUCUAGGAGCUCAAGUCCAUGUAAAAGACUGCACAGCCACAAGUGAUACAGUGUGUGGCUGUAAAAAAGGACAAACCUGUGGGAACACCCAAUGUUCCUUCUGUGUGGACACAUGUGGCAAAGGCCAAGAGCCUACAUCUGAUCGUUCUUGUAGACCAUGUCCAGAUGGAACCUACAAUGACCAAAGUCACUCCAAGUGUAAACCCUGGAGUACCAAGUGUCCCAAACCAUAUCAGAAGAUUGAAAAGGGAGAUGCAUUUACUGACAUUAAGUGUGUUAAUGUCUCAGUUCCCUCAGUGAAGCAUUCAAAGAAACCUGAUGACACAGAACAGCUGUGGCCAGUGGUGCUAUCUGUAUUGAUCAGCGCAGGUUUGAUGGCCUUUAUCGUCAUCGUCAUCAUCACUGUGACACUGAAAAUCCUCAAGAGAGGAAAGAAGCCAGCCAAACCAAUCACAAAAACACCCAUAAUCAGAACCCCUACAGAUGAUCCCAGGACAUUAAUUGCAAUAGAGUGCAGUUUCCAUGAGGCUCAGCAAGAACAGGGCAACAGCACUGAGUCCCUCAACUCCAAGGACUCCUCAGAGCAGCUCAUUGCAUGAAUGGAAGAAGCUGGAGAGCCACACUGCACUGUUUGUUGAGGUGCUGAUUAAUUGUGAUGUCCUAAAAGAAAUGGGAUUCUUCUCUGUGAUACUGAGCCACAAGUUUGAAGGAUGUCUUUGUUGAACAAACUGGUUUGGUUCAAAGUGACAAAUAGGACACUGUGUUACACCAGGUGAUUUAUUUUUGUUUGUUUCAUGAGACCAACUUAAAAAUUUGAUAGAUCAGGGUGGAGGUACCAUUUUGCUCAACAAUUACAGCAGGAUACAUUUACAGUGAGCCUUUGAUGGUGUAAUGUGCAAAUAUACACAAGACAAAGGGGAAUUCUCAGGGGGGAAAAGACAAGAUGGACUUAAUAGUUGUUUGUUUUUUUUACAUCAUCUAAAUAAUAGCACGCAGUGAGGCUAUGUUUUUCCCCUUUUCAGUUUACCUUGAAAGAUAAAGCAGUCUUGCACUUACAAUGGAAAGCUUCAAAUCUUUAGACCAAGUUUGUCAUUUAAUGGGAAAACAACAUACCUCGCAUUUAAGAUAUGUAAGAUUUUUUCACUUUUAAACUACUCUGAAACUUUUUUUGGACUUGUGUGAUGUACUGUGACAUAAUACUGUAGCCUGAAUGAGUGUGAAUGAGUUUCAUGCUCUGAUAUUUGCAUGUGUGAGCGGUAAAGCUGUUGAGUGCCGCUCAGUGUGAAAGUACAGUGCAGGUGGGCGUUCAUCUGGGCGUAUGAAAGGUCUGUCAGCAGACGGUUUUUAGUCUCAUCUAAUUCUGAGCCCACAUAUGCCUCCCAAAAUAGAUAUAUUACUUUACAAAGGUUCCAGUGACCAACUGGAGGUAACUUCAGUUUACUGCUGAAUUUCUAAGUAUGACUUUAGUUAUGAUGCAGCAACUAAAUAAGACGCAGUACUGUCUAAAUAGGGAUUUUGAUCUUUUAUCAUUUUCUCAGGGGAAAAUGUAUUUGUAUGUGUGUAUUGUUGGACUAUGAAUGGGUUCUAACUGUUGUAACACAUUGUGAAAAUGAUAGCUUUGAUUACUAUCAGUGAAGGUAGUACAACCUCUUCUACUCUACUUGACAUUACCAGGAACUACAUGGACUUUCCUGCAUUUGUUUAAUUGGUCAUGAAAAAGUCCAGUGAAGGGAGAUUCCCUCCAUCAAUUGAUAAUCCUACAAUACAUGUUAUAGCUCUAGGGAGCCUACAGGCUAAUAAAAACAGUCUGGAUUUACACAGAAAGGUUGUGAGACACAAAGACGGGAAAAGAUUCAACAUUGCUCAUUGAGCAAGCUGAGACAUGCCUCUUUGAGCACCAGUUUGUCAGCAGUGGGUAUCCUAAGAGGAAUUUUUGUUGAGAUAUUAUAUCAGAUAAAGUCAUUAAUCAUACACUGACAAGAUUGCCCAGAUUCCUGUUCAGUGUGUCACAUGGGAAAUACUCAGAGUAAAUAUAAUAAGCAACUGGCGACACGCAAAAUCAAAAUGAGCCUCAAAGGUCAUGUGGAAAACCCCCAACAGUUUUGUAUUCUCUGUUACUUUUAUUUAUCUCCUCAUGCAGUGGAGUGGGCAGCAAGAGCAGACCAAAUGUAGUUUUUCAUUUUUUUAAAAAUGUAUUUCUUUUUUGAAGUGUAACAGACACGUUUCUUCUGAAAUGGAACUUUUGAGAAAUAUGCUGUGUGGGUUUACAUUGACAAUGUGAACCCACACUUAUAGUAAUGUAUCAGUAUGUAUGAGUCAUAGCAAAGUAAAGUCUGUUGAAAGUUCACAGGUGUUGCCUUGAGAAGGUUUAUCACAAUACAGGCACACUGUAGUUAGUAACAUUUUAUCACAACGGUAGCACUUUAUUUCACCAGGCAACUGACACCUGAUAAAUAUCAUGCACUUCCUGUUUGAACUUUCCAUCUUGUGUUUUUGAGCCUGAUUGACUUAAGAAAAAAAAUGUAUCGUUAAUCGUGGAUACUGAAGGGAACUGUACAGAAUGCAUCGUCUUACACUGUAUUUUUAUGACAUUUUAAAAGUCACAAUAAAAAAAUAUUUUUGUUUA